CUUACUCGUUGCAUAUCAAUUCUUAGUUUACAAUGUUUGUAGUAGAAGUAAAAAAUAGUUGCAUGUGUGAAAUGUUUACAUAGUUAACCAGUUCAUCGGUUGUUUAAACAUGUUUCGUCAGGCUGUUAAGAAACUAGAUUCUCUGAUGCCAGAUGCUGGAAAACAACCUGUGACAACUGUGAUGCCCACAAUUAAAUGCGUGGUGGUUGGAGAUGGUGGCGUGGGUAAAACCUGCCUUUUGGUUUCAUUCACAAACAAGUUCCCAUCAGAACCAACAGUAUUUGACAGCCAAGCUGUGUCUGUAACGAUUGGUGGUGAACCGUAUACCGUUAGAUUAUUUGAUGCUGCAGGUCAGGAUCAAUUACGGCCCCUAAGCUAUCCCCAAACAGACGUCUUCUUAGUUUGUUUCUCUGUAGUUUCUCUUUCCUCGUUUGAAAAUGUGAAAGAAAAGGUGAGUGUAUGUGAUCUGUUAAUAAUGUACGAUCAUUUUUUGUUUGCUAACAACAAUUCAUUUGAAAUGCAGUGGGUGCCUGAGAUAACCUAUUACUCCCCGAAAACCCCUUUUCUGCUGGUUGGAACUCAGAUUGACCUAAGAGACGAUCCUAUAACUAUUGCAAGGCUUUCAAAAAACAAACAAAAGCCAAUCAAACCAGAGACAGCUGAAAAACUAGCCAAAGACUUAAAGGCUGUGAAAUAUGUUGAAUGCUCUGCUCUAACACAGAAAGGACUGAAGAACGUAUUUGAUGAGGCGACAUUAGCAGCUUUAGAGCCCCCAGGGUCCCAGAAGACAUGCAAAUGUGUUAUUUUAUGAGCUGGACACAGCAACCAACAACAAACUGUUUUUAUCAGGAAAGUAACAAUAGCUUUGGUAUGGUACCCAUGUCACAUGAUGGGAUUGUAUGUGUGCAGCUUUUACACAUACACAUAUACAGCUCGCUUUUGUGAUACUAAAACACAGUCCCUUCGAGAUUUAGAAGACUCUUAAUAACAAACAUUUUAGUGGGGUAAGUUGUGCCACUUUUUAUUUAAGUUGUCAAAUAAGAAAAGGAAAAAUGUUAAGCACAUAGAAGUAAAAUAGGCCAAUUUAUAUGCGUGGAUGUCUGUCAUGAACUGAAUUUAGAAGACAUCAUAAAGCCAUACUAAUAUGACUUCUUAAAAAAAAUUAAACACCAUGUCCCACAUUAGGGGUAAGUUGUGAUAUGUCAAGUUGAGUCAUUGAGUAAUGUCGGAGAAAUGUGUAAUUUAAAUAAAAAUAAGAAUAAAUAUUUAUACAGAAA